GUACCGCCCAACAGGGGAACGGAUGGUUAAGCGAUGCGACGAUGUGUUAUUACGAGAUAUAGCAAGCAACUCACCCCAAUCAAUUACUCCUGUGCCUUCAGCACAUUCAGCCAAUGUAGGGAACGCUUAAAUGUCUCCCAGCUUCUGUCCAGCGGAGCGGAAGCGAAGGAUGCUGAGGUAUACGGCUGGGUGCGAUCGGUGAGGCGACAGAAGAAAAUAGCCUUCGCUGCCGUGGGUGAUGGCUCGACCAUCGAAUCAUUACAGGCUGUGCUCAAGCCAGAGCAUACUGCGAACCUUUCCACCGGUACUGCUGUGAAAUUGAUUGGAUCAUGGCAACCCUCCGUAGGAAGCAAGCAGAGCCAUGAGCUGCAAGUCCAUAGCGUCUCCGUGUUGGGGGAGAACGACGCAGAACACAACCCAAUACAACCAAAAUACCAGACAGCAGAGUAUCUCCGAACUAUCCCUCAUCUGCGACCGCGCAUACCACUGAAUGCGCUUCUACUGCGUAUACGAUCCCAGGUCAUCGCAAGUCUGACCCGCUUCUUCGACGCCCAAGGUUUCGUCCAAACGCAUCCACCCAUUAUCACCUCUUCCGACUGCGAGGGCGCCGGCGAAGUCUUCACAGUCUCAUCACAUGCUCACAAAGAAACGCACGCAGACGGCGAACAUUUGCAGACGAAUGAUGAUCACUUCUUUCGGAUACCAAAGUAUCUGACCGUCUCAUCCCAACUACAUUUGGAGGCGCUAGCACAGGCCGUUGACAAAGUCUGGACGCUCUCGCCGACUUUCAGGGCGGAGAAGAGUGAUACGCCGCGCCAUUUGAGCGAAUUCUAUAUGCUUGAAGCGGAGGUUUGCUUUACUAAUGAUCUCGACGAUGUCAUGCAGAUCGUGGAGCAGAUGCUGUCGGCUGUCGCUUCAGAUCUGCUGAGAUCACGUCACGGCGCUGAAUUGUUAGGUGUUCGAGGCUCAAGUAUACAGUCUGUCGACGGAAACAUUAACAAGGAAGUGACAGCAGCCACUCUUGAGCAGAGAUGGAAAGGUAUGGCGGCUAAUGGCUGGCCACGCAUAACCUACGCAGAUGCCAUCAGGCUUCUUCAGAAUGCUGUGGCUGACAACAAAGCUACGUUCACCUACACACCCAACCACGAAGACGGCCUACUAGCAGAGCACGAGCGGUACGUCGCCGCCGAAGUCGGCGGCGGCAAUACUCCGGUCUUCGUCACCCACUAUCCGCGAGCUCAGAAACCGUUCUACAUGUCGCCAUCCCUCACAACCGAAAACGGCAACGCCACACAAGACACAGUAGCUUGCUUUGACUUGCUCAUUCCGGAUCUAUGCGAGCUGGUUGGCGGCUCACUCCGCGAGUAUCGUCUGAAGGAGCUUCAAGAAGCGAUGGCCGCUAAAGGUGUCGCAGGCAGUAGUCUGGAAUGGUACCAAGACCUGCGUAAGUAUGGCAGUGUACCGCAUGGUGGCUUUGGGUUGGGCUUUGACCGGUUAUUGUGUUAUUUGACGGGCACGAGCAAUGUGCGGGAUGUUGUGGCGUUUCCACGGUGGUAUGGGCGGUGCGAUUGCUGA